AUGGGCGGAAUUUCCAUAUGGUGCAUGCAUUUCGUCGGAAACUGCGCUAUUGUGCUUGGAGAUGGCCAGGAACAGAUCCAACUGGACAUCAGUGGUGGUUUUACCACGCUGUCUUUCUUCACACCGAUAGUCGUUCUGUUCAUAGCUUUCGGCGUUGUGGGAUCGGACGAGAGCAGUAUCUUUCGGGUGGUUCUAGGCGGCGUCCUAGCUGGCUUGGGGAUCUGUGGGAUGCAUUUCCUCGGACAAGCAGGUAUUGCAAACUACGAUUGCAUAUACGACGUCGGGGCUUUCGUUGGUGCCGCAGUAAUUGCGAUCGUGGCUAGUGUGGUAGCCUUGGUCAUCUUCUUCAUCUUCCGGUCUGCAUGGAAGUCCUCUUUGUGGAAGCGGGGGCUUGUUGCUCUUAUUCUUGCCAGCGCGGUCUCUGGAAUGCAUUGGCUUGCUUCUGUCGGCACAAGCUACCGGUAUAAAUUUACAGGCUCGGGCCCUUUCGCGGUAUCGUACAUGGCAACCGCGGUGGUGGUUGUUAUCGUUUUGUCCAUCAUCUGCUGCAUGAUACUCUUUUUCCUCACACUUCUCGAGCAGGCAAGAUACAGGCGGCUUGAGAAGGAAGCAGAGCAAGUGGUCUUGGCUACUGCUAUCUUUGACUCCCAUGGGAAGCUGUUGGUCACCCACGAGGGACUUUUACCUACGAAAAAAAUUGCAAACUCUUGGCUUGAGAAAUCGAUGGAUGAUGUCUUCGGUGUGGCGCAUCCAGUAUUUCUUUGGAUAUUCCGGACUAGUCGAAACUGGUAUGCUGUUUCAGGCUUGAUUUUCGGGAUGAGAAACCACAUCAGAAAUGCUGGUGUGAAAGGUCGUCUCCGUUCACUCGACGAGUCGGCAUUGUUCACCGAAGAAGGGACUCCAAUAAACGAUUACUCGGCCAUAUUUCGAGAGCUGUUCUGUAUUGCAGCAGCAGACCUUGCAGAUGAUCUUCGUCACCCAGUUGAGAAGCUAGGCGUUCUAUACGACGAGGUGGUCACUACAGGUCUCGCAGCAAAAGCAGCAGAAAAGGGGGAAAAGAGUACUGCCACCGCAGCUAGCUCCAUGCUAGAUGUGGAGCGAGACGUUGAUUCUUCUCUGGGUAAGGGGCAACUUCUUUUCCUUGUCAGGAAGGUCAAUGGGCACGAGGCCGACGCCAUGCAAGCUCAUGGCUUUCGCUUUUCAGACCCGGAGAAUGUUGUGACGUCUCUGGCAAAAAGCUUACGGGUGGGGCCUCGAGGACUGGCCCGUCGAUUGAACAUCAUGCGGCAUUAUGCUGGAGAUCAUCAUAUGCUCGAUCCGGGCGUGCAUCUCGGAUGCUUUGCUAUCCGCGCCUCAAUGGCAGUUGGAAACCGCGGAUUCGACAUACUUGUACGAAAAGAUGCCAAGAACCAGCUGCCAGCUAUGCAGAGUCCUCUCAAUACUCUGGAGACAUGGCAGAUUGAGUAUUUGGAGACCAUGGACUCACAGUCCAUGUCCAUGUGCGUCAAACAGCUUUACAAAGCGACGAAACCGAACAAUAAGAAUGCGCAGCAACGAGAGUUCGCCAAAAACUUGUUGCAAACGAUCGAGGCGCUGAAAGACGAGAUGGGGGAUCCGCUGUUUGUUGACUCGCUUCUGAUAGCGAAGCCGUUCGAUGUUCCAUGCCGUGGCCCGACCGAUCAUUCAGCUCCUGGAAUAGCUUCCCUCAUUGCUUUUCGAAUGAUUCUACCGCUUCAUAGCAGAGCCCCCGGCAGAAAAUUGACUUUCACGCCGCUGAGUCUUUUCCAGGCACAACAACGCGUCUACCGAAAUUCUCCAGAUAACGCCUUCUUUGCAAGAACCAUACAUCGGGAAUUCGCACCCAUGCUGGAUGUCGAACGUGUUUCAGGUACCUUCAAAGAGGCCAAUUCUGUGACUCGAAAACUCACUUCAGACAUUGCGAGGUGGUCUAAGUCUAAUCGAAGCAGCCGACACGAUGUCGGGAUGGGAGAGCAUGUUGACAUGUACGGAAACGCCCUCCCAGAUUCCUCGUCUGAGCAUCGUGGACCGGGUAAAAACAGAUUUUGGGAUAAAACGUCGCAUACGAGACGGAUGGGUGAACACUCCUCCGAGCAGAAUCUGAUAGGCUUGGGCUCUGGGAGUGGUCUGGCUGGUCAUCAAAAAUACCGCAGGGAUGGUGUAAACACAGGCCAUGAAACUUCGAACCGACCAUGCAGUGUGGGUAGCCCACCGCCAGGCGACCCAGAACCAGCUACUCAGAUGCAAUUGUUGGAUCCAGACUACCACAGACGCGAACCAUCUACUCCCAGACCAGUGCAGGAGAAGGAAGAAGAGUCGAAAAUUUAUGUCGACGAGCUAUUCAGGUUAACGAUCACAAAGAGGCAGGUUGGAUAA